UCAUAAAACCUUCAGGUUUUGGGAAUGAUCAGGUGUCAACGCGGGGUGAGCAAACCCAACCAUACUACCUGCUUUCGAGAAAAACCUGGUUUUUCGAGGUCCCCCUUCUGGCCUCUAUCACCAUCCAACGCAAGACUGGUAGCGAGAAACGUAAGACCUGCGACAAAACCACGACAUCUCCUUGACGAUCGAUGGAAUGAAUAAAAUUCGCAUGAGGACUUCCUCAAUCAGACAGCUUGUUAAAAGGUGUCAGAAAGCUACUGGGAAAAGGUGUUCUGGCCCCGAGGAAUGGCCGGAGUUGCGGGACCUGGACAUGCGCGAACCAAGUGCGGAUACCGUUGCUCUGCUAGUCAACAUGCAUAUCGAACCCGGAGAACAAAAAGCUGUUUACAUUCACGACUCCAAUGACGAUCAGGUCGCCAUGGUAGGUAGUGGCGACUAUAAAGGGUAUUCUGUCAUAAUACCGUGGCAGAUUGGGCUGAAGUACGUUUGUUACGGAUCAUGUAAGAUAGCCGAGCUUUUCCUGAAAUCCUGAACGU